AAUGUUGCCUCUGACCACAUGAAUCAGGCAUCACGGAAUCAGGAAUACCGAUUCGUAGCUUGAAUCUCUUUCACUUAAUACUAUUCAGUAACCAGUUGCAGAAAUUCUAGAGGCCUGGCUGGUGCCUAGCUUGAACACUUUUCAACGAGGUUUUCUCUGUCUCUGAGACUGAUAAUUAAGGCUUUGACCUCUGCCAAGGAUUAAACUUAAGCUGGUUUACGUGAUACAGGUAGGUUUACUUUUGUCACCCGUUGGCUGGCGGAAUACUUAUUAUAAGGACAUUCUGUUCAGUGGCUGAAGAAAUUUUGACGAGUCGUUAAAAAAGUGACCGCUGAUCUCUGAAUACUGAAUCUCAAAAGAAUCAAUCAUUCCUAUUUCGAAACACUGAACAAUUAUUAUUAACGUACAGUUGGGUGAUCUAAUGAGCCUAUCCGGACUACAUUUGUACUCGCUUAGAUAAUCUUAAAGCCGUACUAUAGGGAGAGAGAGAGCGAGGCUCGGAAAUUAAUCACGGAUUCGGAGCAUCGCAAAGCGGGAUUAAGAUGAUAAAAAUCAGUAGAUUCACCUCAUAUGUAAAUUCACUGGAACAACAUACAUCCGUGGUGGUGAAACAGUUGGGAACUUAAGCAGAGACGUUUUUGUGCGACGCACGUCAACCGGAAGAGGACUCUUCGCAUUCGUGGCAGUUUUUACGCCCAAAUUCAGUUCAGGUGAAUUAUCUCUAUGCGAGUAAAGAGGCUUGAAUAGAUACAUUUAGUAGCGUCAAGGCAUCAUUGAAAGGAAAAAUGCAUCACUUCCGGUUGAGUUCGUCGCUCCAAAACGUCUUUGUUUAUGUUCCCUAAUGUACCCCAACAGAAAACAGUUUGAUAACGGUUAGUUCGAGAUCAUAAGUAACCAAAAGAGAAAUUACCGGUAAGACCGCAAAAUCAUUUCGCAUCAGGUCAUUGAUAGCCCGGAAUUGAUACAAAUGUUUCUCUGACAUUGUUAAUCAGCAGGUCUUAAGAGCCUUCGUGCAUGUAUAUAUGUAUACAUUCCCCAUGGUUUAUGAUUUCUAGUUCACACGUCACUAGCUAUAGGUUAAGUACAUUUUUUUGAAUGACUGCAAUAUAAGGUAAGUCUGAGUGGACUGUCGGCCGCAAUAGUUUUGUAAAAACCUCUUUCUUUGAACAGUCUGGAACAGGGCUAGGCUACACCUAGCAACAGACUCAGCAAACAGUAAACAUAAAUGACUUUAGAACAAAAUACAAGAGCUUCUCAUAACAGAAAUUUAUCAGAUAAUAGAUACUACUUAUAAAUAAGGACGCGUGAAAUGCGUUUCUUCUCGGUUGUUGCGAGGGCUGCAAUCGCGUGAGACAUUCUAAGGGUCUAGGACAGUAGGAAAGUUGGAAAUCUCUUCGAAGAUCGCCUGCCCAGUAUAAUGAAGUGACACAUUAUGAGUGAUCAGUACGGCUCGAGAAGAAUAUAUUCUCGGCUCUAGACUUCGCACCAGCUCACCACAAAAUUCAAAAUGGCCACGAAAGAAAGACAUCCGCAAUCUUUAUUUAUUUAUUAUAAUCAAAGCCCAUUGCGAUACAACCAAAAAAUUGUUAACGUUAUUGCAGAUUCAACUGCACGUAAAAAAAAAAAUGGAAAUUCGGUCAGUUAAGUGUGAAUCUAGGCUCUGAGAGUCUCCAGGGCUUAGGUGUCUCGAUGCACCCGCAGUACUCUCCAGGCUGAUCGAGGUGGGUUGAGUAAAGAUGAUUAAUUAGAUGAUUAAAAUUUAAAUGUUGCUGGGAAAAAGUAGAAAUAAAACUACAAUAAUGUUAGACAAUAGACGUUAAGCCCAUUGACCAUCUAGGGUCAGCUUAACGUUAAAAAAACAAUCGUUGCUUAAGAAUGUAUUACUAAAUGAUAACCGAGACUACAUCGUGAUCUAACCUAUGACUAACAGUAAUCUUUUAUAUGUAAAAAGGAAUUCGAUAAAACGUUUUGGCCGUAAUAUUAAUGUUAGGUAACUGUAUUCUUUUGUAUUAUGUUUUGUAGGUAAAGAAUUAAGAAAUUGAAGAAACGGACGUAACUAUGCAGAAAGGACAAAAGAAAAUCAUCCAAAAGAAUUUCGAGGUACUCUUGGAAGAUUUAGACCCAAAUCCGCUGAUGAAUUUUUUAUACCAAGAAGACAUCAUCACCAGAGAUGACAUCGAUGAAAUGGAUUCGAUAAAACCACGUAAGGAAAAGAGUAAGGCUUUACUAUUCACGCUGCAGAGAAGGGGCCCGAAUGCUUUCCUAGCGCUUGUCGAGGGACUAAUAAUAAAAAAGAAACAAUGGUUGGCUACCUUGUUAUUGAAAGAAGGUAAGUGUAAUUAAGUAAUUAAGGUAAAGAUCUCUUCUAGAGGCGUUUGUUACUCUGAAAAUACAAACCAAAAUAAUAGAUGUUCAUUUCCUGAGGAACGGAACGAGUUGCGGCUCAACAGAUUAGGGAGCCUAACAUGCACCCCGAAAGCAAGGAGUUAGCGCGCACAUAGACGACGUGGAUUUAACACUUCAAUUCACCUUUUUCUCUUUUAUUAAACUUCUUAAGCAGAUUUAAGAAUACAAGAAAAAAAGCAACACAAAAAAGGCUAACAAAUAAAUUAGCAAAGAAAAAAAUUAUUCGAAAGUAUAAACCACUCCAGCGCAAAGCAAAGUAACGACUUCUAUUUCAGAGACAACUUUGGCUUACACUGGACUGUCCAGCAGCUGUACAAGGUUUUUGCUGCUAGUAGUCAGUUCAAUUUCUCUACAUGUAUCUUCACUUGAGACCCAUUUUUGAAUUUGGCUUCAAAUUGGCCUCUUUAAAAAUACUUUGCUUUGAAAGAGCUUGUGCUAGCCGGGUUUCUGCACUAUACCCAGUGUGAGACGUAAAAGCGAUCUAUGACAAAGUAGACUUGCUAAUCUGUCUGCCAGUUAGCAUAUGAAUAAUAAAUAAACAUCAUGAUCAUGUUGUACAUGUUGCAGUUAAUUUUUUACUUCAGUUAAUUUUUAUUUUUCCAUUGUUUUUUCGGUAUGGUAAUGUAUCCUAACGAAUUUCAAACAUAGGAAAAAUUAAAAUUAACCGAAAUAAAAAAUUAACUGCAACAUACACGAAUGCAAUUAAUUCCAGUCCCUGUCCCAAGUAACAUGCUAUAACGGAAAGAGCCUUUUUGUCAGAAAUCACCCUUAAAAAGAAAAAAGAAUCAAAGAGGAAAUAGAGAGAUUGAGGGGAAAGAAUGGAGGCAAGGGAUAAAAAAACAUAUUCGCCACUCUUGAUUUUUAUAUUGGCUAAUUUGAAAAUAAAUUCUGAACAAAACGCGGGGGACGACUGCUUGACGGAAGAAGUCUAUGGCAGUAACGGUCUCAAAAUCCAGCUAGACGAUUCUGCAAAACGAUUGUUGGCUGGAGGCCCAGCAAUGACACGACCAUUUGCUAGUCUAGAAUCCCGGGCAGACUUUAAAAGACGACUGGCUGAAUUCUUUGGAAUUUUCUAGCAGGGUGUUCGAAAACAUACCAAAAAUCACAGUUAGAAAGAAAAAGGGGAAAAAUAGGACUGAAAGGCAAAUACAAAGAAAAGGAGGUGAAGAAAAUUUAACAAGAGAAAGAAGAAAGAAACUGGAUUUUUCACCAUUAUAAUUAAGACAUUGAAAUUAAAUUUGAAUAGCGACAACUACCAAUGAGAGUCUUACGUUAUCUAACAGUUUUGUAUCUAUUUUUUUGGGAAUUUUUUUUUCUGUAGAAAGACAGCGACUUUCUGGAGAAGGAGUGGAAGAAACAAUGACCUCUGAGGGCGAAGAAGCGGAAAGCGAAAAGGAGGACGAGUCUGGAAAAACGACGAUGGAGUUAAAAAGCCAACUGGAGGAUGUGAACAAUCGAUUACAGCUUGCUGAAAGGAAAAGAAAUCAAUAUGCUAACAAGUGCCAUGAUUUAGAAAAACAGAUAGAGAGUUCUGAAGAGAUGAGGAAAGAUCUUUUAAAAAAAUGUAAUGACUUAGAACAGCAGUUAAUUUUGAAAGAAAGUGAACGGUCACGGAAAUGGGAAGAAGAUUUGGAAAAAAUGAAUGAACAAAAAAACUUGAAGAGUCCAAACCCGAGCCAUGGGAAGAGAACUUCUCCAUCAGGAUCUGGGGAAGGCUGCUUUGAAGGUACGAAACACAAAUUAAUAAAUCUAUUUUAAAUUUUUGUGUAAGUCAACUCUGGCGGAGCCCGGAGACAAGUCUCUGAUGCCGCUGAUCCGCCCUCCAGCAAUUAACCUGUCAUUGAAAUUUCAACACUUCAACGUGAUCAGCGAAUUAUUUUGCCUUUGCAACAAACAAUAUUUGAAUUGGCACAGAUUAAGGCUGCAAAGAGAUCUACAGUAACUUCACGUAACUUCUAUCGCAAAAUGGAGUAACACCACUUCAGAGGAGAAUGCGCUGCGUGCGACCGGUGAAGAACAGCCGAAUAGAUUCUCAAGGAGAUCCCUCAAGUUCGCAUCGUAAUGCCCGUUGACAUAGCUGCUAAUAAUGAACCAGAUCAGACGAAAUUUUGCUGUGUAGAGUUUAUAUUCCCCCGAGGAAAAAUGUGUAAGUUUAGCACCUUAUGCUGCUUAUGCGACAGACUGAGUGCAAGUGUCUUCCUAGUGUUGAGUUUGUUGUCCUUUUCAUAGGUAUGUCUGCUCAAAAUCGUGUAAAAGUCAGUAAUAAUCAUUUUCCUUGACCGCUGAUAUCUCCGCACUAGACCGCGAGCAGAGUUUUCUCUCUGGCAUGCACGACUUUUAGCGUUUACGAAGUCGUUCGAUUCGCUUGUCAGUUGCGUAGUUGGUUUGUUAACGCCGCGACUGACAAGGGACGCGCCCGAACGACUUUAUAAACGCUAAAUGCCAUGAAAGAGAGAAACCACCGCUCACAGUGUAUCUCCGUACAGUUGUGUGGUUUCAGUGCGUUUCGGAACUCAAGGUUAGCUGUAUGCAACAUACAUUUUUGAAAUAAAUCCACUGAUUUUUGGGUUCUAUGACGCCCUUGGUAGGAACAUGAUAAUAUGAUGCUGUGCCUUCUGAAAGUCGGUUUUUAACUCAAUCGGUUCAGUUUGAAAAUGUGACCGUCGUUUAUCACAGUUGGAAGAGUAUAAGUAAAGCUCGAUAUUUGAAAGCUUCGUUUUCUUUUGGCAACAGACCAAAGGCAUAUUUUUGCUCUUCCUAGCUGACAUCACUCACUGUUGGAAAUGACACAAAGGCCAUAUAUCCUUCUGAACAUGCCUGGAACAUUGGUGUUAUAUUUGACAGUACUUUAAAAUGACGUUAUCCCAACAUGUUGAUGCCAUAGUUACAUCUGCUUUUUACAACCUACAUAACAUUGCUAAAAUUAAGCAAUACUUAUCUUUUGAUACAGCGAAAACUUAUUUAGUUGUUGCGUUAGUUCCAUAUCGAAAAUAGACUAUUGUAACUCAUUGUUUUUUUUUCGGUAUGGUGCACCUAAGCAUUUGCAUUGGUUGCCGAGGUUGCAGAACGUUCAGAAUGUUGCUGCACGUAUUAUUGUUAGACUGGGAAAAAAUGCUCACAUUACUCUUGUUUUGAAAGAGCUUCACUGGCUGCUAGUAGACUUGAGAAUAGUUUAUAAUAUAAAUUUGCUUACUUUUAAAUAUAUUAAUGAAUAGCCCCUAAGUAUUUACAAGACUAUGGACGUCGGCAAGCCUUAUAGAUUGCGCUUCUUAACUGAUGGGAUAAGACUGAACCUGCCUCUGUAUGGAUCCGGACUGAGGUCCUUUUCUGUUUGUGGUCCAUAGCUAUGGAACGAACUUCCAUCUGCGCGCUAUAGAUAAAGCUAAGAACACAUCUAAUAAUUUUAAGUAGUUUUUGUUAGUCAGUUUUCAUUUAAUGAUUUAACAUUCAUAGGUUGAGAAGGGUAAAGCGCUUAGAACAAUUUGUACAUAAGCCCAUGUUAGUUCUUAUUAUUACUAUUAUUAUUAUUGUUUGAGGGACAAGCUUACGAGUUCAAAAACAGCAACCCUGAAUAUCUGUGAGGGUUUUGAUCUUUCCCUUUAAACAAACACUUUGCCUGAUAUUUUACUGAUUUUUAUAGAAACAAGUCGUAGUAUCAAUCAGAGAGAAGAGACUCGAAGACACCCCGAUGAAGUAAAUGAAAUAGGGCGCAACUCUCACAUCCAACACAACCAACCUUAGGCUAUGUCAGUGGCGGAUCCAGGGGAGGGGCCUGGGGGGGUCUGGCCCCCCUUAUUUUUAGACCAAACUGAGGCCUGAAGGGCGGAAAAAAAUUUUUUGGAUACUCCCUCCCCCCCCCCUUUUCUCUGGGUCUGGAUGACCAGCCUCCCCCCUCCCCUAUCUGAAGGUCUGGAUCCGCUACUGUAUGAUCAAACUGAUACCGGAUAGCUUUUCAUGCUGACAUGAACGACGAUGUGAACAGCUACGGUACAGAACUACAACGAGUGUGACAGAAACCUAUUCGAUAUGCAACUGGCAACGCGGCGCAGUUUCGCUCCGUUACAAAAAACGCAGCGAAAUCACCGCUAUUAUAUGUGAGCACUGCAGCCCUAUAUCCGGUAUAAUGGGAUUUUCGUCUCGCUCGACGCAAUAGCUAUCCAGUAUAGUAUAAAAAAGUAGCUUAACUAAUGACAUGCGCAUGUGAUUAUUUUUGCGGUAGAAACAAAACAGCUUUUGAACGAGAUGCGUGACAUAAAUUUCAACGGUCCAAGCACUAGUCAUGAAAGAAGCAGUUCUGCAUCAGACUUUGGGGAGAGUGACUUUCAAGGUAACCAGCACAAAUGAUUUUCUUUCAUGUUUUGCUUCCCACGUAUAUAAGUUAGAUCCCUUUCGUAGAUACUUCCUUCCUUUAGUUUGUCUACUGCCCGACAAACACCCUAACAGGAGCUCUUACGAACAUCAGUAAUUAAUAUUAAUAGUGGUUAAUUUUCUUCAAAGAAGUUUAAUUUUGUAACCCGACAGGCGUAAGUUGGGGUGUCAGUAUAAACGCCGGCUCGGGGGCCGGGGUCAAUCUUUUUUAAAAGAAUGCUGAUUUAGGGUGAGGGUUAUGGUUGACUUGUUACCCGAACCCUAAUCCUAAAACAGCAUUCUUCAAAAAAAAAGAUAGACCCCGGCCCGGGCCCCGAGUCUGCGGACACCCCAUAAGCUGGUGGAAAUAGGGCAUUUCCGACUUCCAAAAUAUUUUAACUUUCAAAACUAGGCUAAAUAUAAAACCUUUAUUGAGGAAAUGAGAUUUAUUCGCAUGAGAAAAAAUCCUUUUCAUAUCAAUGGUUUCACACUCGGCCUCUCUUUAAAACAGAGGCUUAAAACAACUCCAAAAUGGUCUAUUGGGCGGUUCCUAUGAUAGGUCGUUCUUGACAUAAAUAAGCAAGGGAUGAUGAAGUUAUGGCCAAAUUUAAAAUAAACGAUUUCCUUGCAGGUAAAAAUACGAGUCGAAAUGAUAUUAGUAUGGGUGCCAAACACCAGGAUAUUUUGCGUCGUACCUGGCCCACACUAAGAAAGGAUCUUGAACCUAUAAAGCUAUUACCAGAUUUGGUAGAUGUGUUGGACCCCACAGACGAGGAAGAAAUUAAAGCGAGUUCGAGAAAAACGCGAGAAGAUGCGGCUGAUAAGCUCCUGGAGAUUCUACCCAGGAAAGGAGAGAGGGCUUUUGACGUGUUUGAGAGAGCAUUAAAAAAAGUGCUGCCUCAUUUAGCUUAUCAUUUAGGUGAGCGAUAAAAUGUAUACCUAACCGAUUUUUUGAAACCCAUGCUAACGAAAUUUGCAGUCAUUUUAGUGAAAAGGCUUCAAAAAGCAGGUUUCUUAAGCCCAAGAAGCUCCAAUAUCACAGUAACGAAGGAAAAGGAAAAGAGAAAGAGAAAGGGCGAGGAGAAGGAAAGGAAGAGAAGGAAAAAAAGCAAUUGUUGCACUCUUAGUUUUUAUAAUAGCUGCUUUGAGAUAGUUCAUAGUUUUGGCCGAAAAAACUGUUGGACGCAAAAGGUCCGUUUUGGCGGUAACGGUUUUUUAAAUGUAUAAAAUUUACAUCGCGCCAACAUUUACAUAAAAAGAAUGAACGGAUACACGUUACAAGUCAGAUAAAAUGGUUAAAAACAGAUUAUACAGCUAUUUAAAAAAACGUUGUCGGAAGAAAAGCAAAAAGUCUUCAAGCCAAGACCACAAGGUGAUGUGGGUUGUUUCAAAUUCGUUUUUUGCUGGCAAAAAAUCACUCCACCAAACCGGUCGUUGAUUUUUAUUCGUCAUUCAUAGCGGGGCUCCCGCGCGCGCGAAGCGCGCGUGGGACAGAGCCCCAUACUCAUGGAAUAUGGUCAACCUCUUUUCGCUUGGUUGUCACGUGACUGACCGAACGUACGUACGUACGUACGCGUCUACAGAUUGUACGGGUAGGGUAGGGGAGACUAUCAAAAGGAAGGGAGGGGUGUCUCAGGCGUGUGUUGGCAAGUCCUCAUCUUUUUUAUAUGACAUUCACAAUAUAGUCAAUUGACAGCUGUCAAAACAGGAUAGCCCCUGACCAGUAUCCCAUGACCAUAACGCGGGCUCAUUUGUCAACUCAUCGAGGUGACGUAAUUUAUUUGGAAGCUGUCCGCUGACCAGUUAAUCGUUUUACUAGAUCGCAAACAAUAUUCAAUCUCAUACUUUUUAGCAUGGAUAUUAUUAUUAAUAUUUAGCUAGUUUGGGAUCGGAGCACAGGAAAUGUGAUCAAUUGACAGCUGUCAAAACAAGGUAUCCGCUGACCAGUAUCACUUGAGCGAAUCGCGGGCUCAGGUGUCGACCCAUCGAGGUCGAGUAUUUUUUUGAAGUUAUCCGCUGACAAGGUACUUGUUUUCAAAUGAUUGCAGGCUCAAGUUUAAUUUUUUUUUUAAAUUCAUAUGAAAUAUGUUGUGUUUAUGUGCCGCACAAUUAAAAUUUUGAUUUCAAACUGACCUCGGACGCGAAAAUUCAGCCAGCUGCUACAGGCAGGGAAGACAGUUGCUUUUGACUUUUCUCGCCAUGUUCACGCGUUGGUCACGCUCUACGUCCAAUUUUUAUGCUCUGAUUGGUCAAAAUUUGACAGGUGAGUUCAUGCGCAAAAUUUAUGCAGCAUCUUGAAUCUUGUUUACUUUGACAGCUGAAGCUGACAGAGUUUUGUGUCAACUUGUGAUGUUUUUAACUUUCUUUUUCCACUGGAUGUACAAAAUGAAAUUCAGAUUCUAUCAGGAGUCUUCUGUUAUUCAUGGCUAGUUUGUUUAUUGGGUUUUUGGUUGAGUCAAAGUCGGAAAUCCGAUUUCGGAUGGCAUCGUUUUCGUUUUCACCUUGCUUAAUGCGUAAGAGGGUUGCAAAGUCUGAAGCGAUACUGGCCUUCCUUGAUACCUUUCAGGAGCUGCAUCUCGAGUGGUAAGCCUAAGUAAUUAUUGUAUUUGAUGUUUGUUUUUUAUUCCUAAUUUAAUGAAGUCGAGCGUAGUUUAUGCGGCUAUUUUGUUUACGCACGUUUGUAAGAUUUGAGACAAUGAUCUGACCGCGUAUCAGGUUUGUUAUAAGCUUACAGAUCUUUAAAAAGCCUUUAGACAUUUUCUCACCGCAAAUAGAAAGAAAACGUUUCAAGGAAUAUUUAGUUAUAAUUCUGACUGUAAAAGAAAGGUUUGAGCGAUUUCCUUGCCUCGAGUUCGUCUUUGAAAAAAGCAAACACCGGGAAGCCGGCUUAAAACACAAAAUUCAGCUUUAAGCUCGAAGACUCAGGAUUUUUAGAGACACUUUAAUACUUGUCUUCCUGAAUGAAAAUUGUCGUCUCUGUAUAUGUUUCUCCGAAUUAUAUUUCUUUUAUUAAUUGUUAGUACUGUCUCUUGUAAUUUUAAUCGCUGUGUCGAUUGUUUUCAGUCGUUCAGUGAACAACGCUUCCCGGAGUACUCAAAAUGCCGCGCGUUAAACCGUUUUAAAAUAAAAAAUAAACAUAAUAAAUUCUUUAUUAUGUUGGAGCGUAACUCUGUUAAUGUUCAUUCAAACACUCGCCACUGCUAGCACUGCAAAAGUCAGAACCGGCUGGCCGUAUAGAUGAUUUUGAAAAUUUUUUUUAACGGUUUAGCUAAAGCCCACGCGUGCUGCGAUCGUCCUGAAUAUUGAAUGAUAGCAAUUUGUAUCGCAAUAUUGUGAAAUACUGCAUUCUGUUGUGCGAGGUCUGUAUGAUAAAAACAGUGCCUCAUAGUACUGUUUCACCUCAGAUGUGAUGUAUAAAUGAUAUAAAAGGUUGGUUUACAGUCGCACCCAGAUUUGUUGGCAAGAUUUUGUAAAGUAAACUUGUCGAACGCAAAAAAUUCGGCCAGAAUUUUUUUUCCAGGCCUAAUUAAUCUAAGGCGAUCAUGAGCCAUUAUGGCUCUUAAUAAAUGUGAUCGAAGAUGAUUGCCAGUUUUUGGGUGUACUUAUGAGGCUAUCAACUCGAUGUGAGAUUUGGUUCACUCUUGGGCUGCUUGCAAAUUAUUUUUUGUAAAAUCACUUAGCCUUUCCAUGAAAAGUCACACGAAUGUGCUCUAAAGUUAACUGAAUUGUGGAAUACAAGUUUAUUGUUUGAUUUAAAUUAUAAAUUUAUUAAUGGGAGCCUCGCUUUUAGCCCUGGCUAAAUCUAUAUAUUACUGAACCAUAGUUAUCAUUUUAGCGGAGCUUUCGCGCGCGAAGCGCGCCAGCGGAGCACCAUGGGUAAGAAAAUGAAGUAAUCUACCCAUCCGAGAAAAUUUGGUAAUCACGUGACCGUACACCGACCGACCGCCUGCCCGAGCGACCGUCCGUCCGCACCACAGGUAUACCAAUGUAAAAUAACUCAAUCAACAGGUAUGGCAACCCAAAUGCAACUCGAGGUUUUUUUGGCGGGAAAUCGCAUAGCCACUGGCGUCUUGUAAAGCAGAGGUUAAGAGUCAAUAAAGACGAAAACGGAAAGCGGAAAUUGUUUCUGUAUCCGUGUUGUCUAAAGAAUGUAGCUCAGAUUAAUUGUCAUGUCCCCAAAUUUGAAAUGUAGAACAGGAGAAAGACAGAGAAUAAGAGAAAGUAGCUGGCAGGCCAGCGAAGCUCAACAAGAAAUUAAAGGGCGACAGAGAUCUAGAGCGAGAUAUAAAAAACAAAGGAGACAUUUUUUUGUUGGAAGAACAACAAUUUGUAGCGGCGGUGAAUGCAAGGUGAAAAUGAGCGGCAGUGAAAAAAAGUGAACAAGAACACGUAUACGAAAUUUCGCCCAUAAAACUUGUAACUAAGAAGUUUCUGGAAGUUUCACGGUGUAGUCGUGCAAAACAACGGCAAAGAAAUGUACAAAAAAAGUGUGCUGCACGUGCAAAGUUGGCUAUGGCUAUUAGACCUAUUGUUGUUUUUCACCGUUCUGCGGCGUUGCCUUCGCCGCUUAGCAUUACACGAUUUUAUAUGUUGUUUGAAGAAACUAUAAAUACUAUAGAGAGCUUCGCUUUUAGCCCUGGCUAAAUUUAAAAAGGUAAAAUUACGUUUCAGUCGAAGUGCACUCUUGCUUAUUCCCAUCUUUGAAAGCAAUUUUGUUCAAUCUUUGUCAAUUUGCAUAACGUAGUAACGAAGUGGGCGAAAAAAAAACAAACAUUAUAAACAAACUUUUUUCCGAAUAAUGGUUCCUACUCAAGAAUUAAUUAAAGCUCGCCAAAGUCUACUACAGGUAAUAUUUAAUUUGCACCAUACCAGCAUGUGAGAAUGUAUCGACAGCCACAUCGCCUUUAUUCCACCUCGUUCAAUAUAGGAUGGCGAUUUCUCUGGAAAUAAAUUCUAAAGGACUAGUUUUAAGCUAAAAAAAAAGAAAAAAAAUAAUGGUCUGCUGUUCACUUCCCCUAUAAAACAUGAGACAUUUCAAGCCGUAGUCGGGCAACAACGGCCACGUGCAAAUUAAGUUGUUGUUUUGCUAAUUUAAACCUAUUGUUGUAAACGGUCUCUUUUGUCGCCAUAGUAUUUGCUUAAGCUUGCUACUGUGUGAAUGCCCUACAACCACCUCUGUUUUAGGAGUUGUCCAACGUUUAGAAAUACUCUCACCAGGGUCUGGCAGAGUUUGUGGGUAUACCGUAUAUUGGGGUAUUUAAUUUCAGGUAUACAGUACUUUUAUUCUUAAAAUUGGAUAUAAAGUAUUCCCUCACGACCAAUUUUGGGUAUAAAGUAUACCAUGUUUUUCUUAAUUUUGGUAUUUUACAUAAGUUUUAGUAUAAUUUUUGGUAUAUUGAACGGUUUAUUUCAGGUAUUUUGGUAUUCCAAAUUAUAUUCCUCCUUGGAGGUACUGGAAAUGAUAAAAGAAUCAAGGCUGCUUAAGUCAAUUCAUGCUGUAACCGCGGGCAGGGAAAACGUAUAAAUGUGAACAAACUAGGGGGUACUGGGGCAUGAAAAGGCUUGAAAUGCUUCUAAAACAUUUUAUUGCCACUAGAAGUUGUGAAACUGAUAAAAAGGGUGGUGCCACGUGAAAAAGUCUAAAAUAAGAACCGUUUUAUGGACAAAAAUUAUUAUUAGAAAAAAAGUAAAACAGCCACAUUUUAAACUCUUUGAUCUAUUUGAGCAAUUAAUGCAGUAAAUUUUCUUCAACAUCUUGCUGGCGAAACGUAGAAAAGUUCCCCAUCCUACUUACUUAUUGAAAGAGACUCAUUUUUUGGGUUAAACAGUCAGGCUAUGCUUUUAUCCCAUCCAUCCUUACGUACGUGACCUUACUGCCAUUGUCAUACGUUUUGAUUCAGAAGAAUUUAUAUUAAUGUUUGUGUUUUCUGUUUUAUAAACAGAAAGGGAAGAUAUGAAGACACAACUGAACCAAGAAAGAGCACAAAACGCAGAAGUAAGAAAGGAGAAUCAAAGACUGAAAAUGGAGUUAGAAAAAGAGCGACAAAGACACAAAAAUACAAAAGAGGAAAGUUAUUGUUAA